CUGACCGCAGAUGGUUACACUCAAUCGGCUUUGUUCUGUUUUUUACUUUUUUGUUAUUGAGCCAUUUUAUAUUUAUUGUUUUAAAUAAUGGACGAAAACAAGACUUUAAUUAAUUUAGAAGAUGAUAUCAGCGAGGAGGAUGAUCCGAUUGUGCUUAAUAAAAAGACUGGUCAUAGCUCAAAGCCAAUAAAAGAUAUUGAAGUUAACCAAAGCGAAGAACCCACAACUAGUUCUUCAGGUAGGACAGCGCCAGCAAAUUCGGGGAAUUACCCUUUAAUAGAUAAUGACCACCCACCGCUAUUAGAAAACUUUACCCCGCCAGUUCCUCGAGAAAGUCAAAUAAAUGGAAACGCGGGUAGUGCAAGUAGAGACAUCAACAAUUUGGAACCAAUUUUCCAUCUGAGAUCCCGCACGGCAGCAGCUUCCACACCCAAUUACGAGAGCUUGGACUAUGAAGUUUGCGAAAACACGCUGUUCCAAGACGAACAGCGAGAACAGCUGGCAGAGCGUUUUUCCCUGCGCAAGGACAUUAUAAGAUGGAUAAUCUUUAUACAGAUUGGCAUUAUAACUGCUCUCAUAGCCUGCAGCAUAGAUAUCAUAAUCGAAGAGCUAUCGGAACUGAAGUACCAAUUCCUAAUCAAAUCUGUGCAAGAAAACGUUCCCCUCAGCGAUGCAACCGAAGGCGAUCUUGUUAUUCCUUACCUUUACUGGCUUCUCUUCAGUAUUUUGCCCGUGGCCUUUGGAGCAGCCAUGGUUACCUACAUUGAGCCCAUUACUGCCGGCAGUGGAAUUCCACAGGUGAAGAGCUACCUGAAUGGCGUCAAAAUACCGCGCAUUGUACGGAUUAAAACGCUGGCAGUAAAGGCCAUCGGCGUGAUAACAUCAGUGGUAGGUGGCCUGGCUGGUGGAAAGGAGGGUCCAAUGAUCCACGCCGGAGCCGUGGUAGCUGCCGGAAUCUCACAGGGCAAGAGCACCACGUUCGUGAAGGAUUUCAGGAUAUUCAAGGCCUUCCGCGAUGAUCACGAAAAACGGGAUUUCGUCCUAGGUGGAGGAGCAGCCGGAGUGUCAGCCGCUUUUGGAGCACCAAUUGGAGGCAUGCUUUUCUCGCUCGAAGAAGCGGCCAGCUUCUGGAACCAGAAUCUCAUUUGGCGCACACUGGUGGCCUCCAUCAUCAGCGUGUUUACCCUCAACAUUGUAUUAUCGGCGUACCACGGCCUAAACGAUUUUACGUUCACGGGCCUCUUUAAUUUGGGCAAGUUCGACCAGCCGCUGAAAUUUGACUACUUUGAACUGCCUAUCUUCAUGAUCCUGGGUGUAUCUGGAGGUUUACUUGGAGCCGCCUGGAACUCGCUGAACACCAAAAUCAACAAAUUUCGCAAGCGCUUUAUUCCCUGGAAGAUUGGCAAAGUAAUCGAAGCGGUUGUGGUGGCCAUCAUGGGCGUAACUCUGGCUUGUUUGAUGAUCUACUUCAUCAAUGACUGUCGUCCGUUGGGCAACGAUCCAACCAACAAUCCGGUUCAACUUUUCUGCGAGGACAACGAAUAUAAUGCCGUGGCUGCUCUGUGGUUUCAAACGCCAGAGGCCACAGUCCGAUCUUUAUUCCACGAUCCUCCAGGUUCGCAUAAAAUCCUUACGCUAGCCCUCUUCACAGUCGUCUACUAUGUGUUGUCUUGUGCCACCUUUGGUCUCAAUGUCUCUCUGGGUGUGUUUAUCCCAACUGCUUUAGUGGGCGCUGCUUGGGGGCGUCUCUUGGCUAUGGUUACUUUUUACUUCUUCCCGCAGGCGGAGUUCCUGCAUCCUGGUAAAUACGCUCUGAUUGGAGCAGCUGCCAAUUUGGGUGGAGUACUCCGCAUGACCAUUAGUUUGUCGGUUAUUUUAAUGGAAACAACCGGUGUGGAGAGUUCCUUCUUCUUUCCCCUUAUCAUUGCACUUAUAAGCGCCAAGUGGGUGGGUGAUUACUUUAACGAGGGCAUCUACGAUACGCAGAUCCAAGUGAAUCAUGUGCCCAUGCUCACGUGGGAACCAUUGCCACAAUAUAAGGGCUUGACAGCUCAGAAAAUACUGAGUAGUCCGGUGGUUUGCAUCAAGCUUCGCGAUAGCGCUCAUUACAUAUACCAGAUGCUGAAAAAAUGUGAGCACAAUGGAUUUCCAGUGGUGGAUAAUGUGGAGGGGAAUCGUCGUUCUGAGGGUCGUGUUUGUGGCAUCAUAUUGCGUUCUCAGCUGAUUGUCAUCUUACUGAAAUCGUUGUAUGUGGAAAACAAACGUUUCUGGCUGCCAGAGACUUCUAUUCAAACUUUUAGAGACCUCUAUCCGCGAUAUCCAUCAAUAAAGAGCGUUCGCAAGCUAGAUGAAAAAAUAAACUACACCGUGGACUUAUCCAUGUUUAUGAAUCCAUCACCUGUACGAGUCAAUCCGCACGAUUCGGUUCCUAGAAUUUUUCAGAUCUUUAGAGCUUUGGGUCUACGUCACUUGUUGGUCAUCAACAAUGAGAACCGCAUCGCUGGCAUUAUAACGAGGAGGGAUUUUAUUUACAAGUAAGCUGUUUGCAUUCAAUGCAGACUUUUGAACGUCUAUCGAAUGCCAAUGGUGGCUGUAAUUUAGAACAUAAAUAUUUUUUAAUCCUUUGUAAUACCCACUUAUGAUUAAAUCACAAAAAUCCAAUUCACUUUUGAUAAA